ACCAAACCUAAGCCCAUAGAAACACCCCUAUUGCGUAACGGUAGCAGUCUCAGUGAUAUCCGCAGUGGGGCCCGCAGCCAUUCCCAGUUUAUUCUUUGUAGGACGUGGUCCGUGCCGCCGCUAUUUUGCAUCCACAGCGGUUGAGGGGAGAGUCGUAAGCUGAACCAACAUGGGGAAGUGCAAGGGCAAGAAGCAAGACGACACCUGCUGCACCAACAACGCCCAGUCUGGCUUGGAUAACCGUGACAGGCAUCAGGGCCAGGCAGCCAGUACCAGCACCAGUAACGGAGGUGGCGAGAAGACGUGCAAGGGCGAGAAGAAAGACGGCGAGCGCUGCACCUACAAGGCCCAGCCUGACUCGGACUACUGUCGCGUGCAUCAGCAGGGCCAGGAAGCCAGCACCAGUAACGGAGGUGGCGAGAAGACGUGCAAGGGCGAGAAGAAAGACGGCGAGCGCUGCACCUACAAGGCCCAGCCUGACUCGGACUACUGUCGCGUGCAUCAGCAGGGCCAGGAAGCCAGCACCAGUAACGGAGGUGGCGAGAAGACGUGCAAGGGCGAGAAGAAAGACGGCGAGCGCUGCACCUACAAGGCCCAGCCUGACUCGGACUACUGUCGCGUGCAUCAGCAGGGCCAGGAAGCCAGCACCAGUAACGGAGGUGGCGAGAAGACGUGCAAGGGCAAGAAGAAAGACGACGAACGCUGCACCUACAAGGCCCAGCCUGACUCGGACUACUGUCGCGUGCAUCAGCAGGGCCAGGAAGCCAGCACCAGUAACGGAGGUGGCGAGAAGACGUGCAAGGGCAAGAAGAAAGACGGCGAGCGCUGCACCUACAAGGCCCAGCCUGGCUCGGACUACUGUCGCGUGCAUCAGCAGGGCCAGGAAGCCAGCACCAGUAACGGAGGUGGCGAGAAGACGUGCAAGGGCGAGAAGAAAGACGGCGAGCGCUGCACCUACAAGGCCCAGCCUGACUCGGACUACUGUCGCGUGCAUCAGCAGGGCCAGGCAACAGUUGACGAGGGCAUUGCUGCUGGCGCUAAACCCAACAGCCGGUUACCAACGGUUGUGAAUGGCAGGAUCUGCGCAGAGACUCUUGCUGGAAAUCUGGAGGACAUUGCCAAGGACUACGGUGUGGGGACAGGCAACGCCCUGCUCGUGGUUGUCAUGGGGGAGAUGGUCGAUGACCCAUCAGAGCUACGAGCACAGGUGCCUAAGGGGCCUGGGAACUACAUUUGGACCAUCAGAGCCCCGCGCGCAAAGAACUGGGUUCCGGUGUACUGUGGUAAAGCCAACUCCCUUACAGACCGCUUCACGAGCUACAUCAACAUGGACGGAACCUUUGGGCCAAGGAGCGAGCUGGCAAAGUACUGGCCAAUGGUAGAUGCCAUGAGCCGUGGCUUCAGCAUUGAGAUCAGGUUUCGCCCUACUCGACUGGGCGACGCCAUGAAGUCCGAAGCUGACACGCUAGACCGCUACGACUUCCCCCUGAACACGGUGAACAACAACAAGGCACGGGAGAUCAUGCUGACCGGUGGCAAACGGAUGUCUGAUUACGACAUCAAGCACCCAAAGCUGGCGGAGCUCGGACAGAAUGCUCGGGGCGUGGUCGCGUACGGCGCGUGAUCCCGUCCAAGGGCGGGCGGCACAAAAUAAAGUGGUACAUCGGCUGCUUUGCUCAUGGGAUGAAGAUGAUGGUGAUGAUGCAGUUGUCGUUGGGUUGCAUUUUCCCAAAGCUGCAGGAUCGUUACGUACGGCAGCGUGCGACGACAUUGGCACGGACAAAUGUGUACAGCUUGAUGGUAUCUGUCCGACAUGAAGUGUGAAGGACAGUGGCAAUAGAUGGAGAUCUCCGCCAUAAGGCUAAAUGCAUCUUUCCGUGCAGAAUAGGCGUGCUCGUGACUUGUACCUAUCUUAUCUGUGCCCGCUGUGAAUGUUCGGGAGUCUAACUGUGGGCGUCUAGGGAAGACAUACUUUCAAAGGUCGUGAAAAUUCCUGCGGGUGACUCUUCCUGUCGUACGACCGCCCUACAGUGCAUCCUAGUGGCUUUGUGCGCUAACAGUUACCUUUUGGCGCCAGCUAUACCGUUGGCUGCUAUUGUCCAAGCGUAUGUUCCAUGCGUGCUUACAAGUACUUGGGGUAUGUUUGUUUGGGGUCGAGGGUGAGGCCAGGGUGUCAGCAGCAUAGUUCGCAGCAGUUGAAUAACAAAUGCAUUUACGGAGGUUCGUUGUUGCAGUCUUUAGGCAGUGAUUGUCUAGGAAGAAAAUUUGAAUGCCAUGACUGCUUCUACGGUGUCAUCGAGAAUCCCAUACCGCAUUCUGUGAGCUCGACCGCUGCUGUACACACGUCCUUGAGUGAUCUGCGGCUUAGCAGUGUUGGGACGCUAAGCAUCCUAUCGUGUUAUCUUUUGGCUCCAUGUUAUUAGCGUUAUCCCUGCAAGCUAGCGUUGUAGACGUGUUUGGAGUGGGUGGUCUGGCUUCUGGCCGGGUCUAACAUUUUUCCACGCUGGCCCAGCAAGUACCUGGCGUGUCUUCGUUUGGGGUCGGGUCGUUCAACGGGGUAAACCUGUUUAACGCUGCCGGUGAACAUUCCGGAUGCUUAUGCAAGCUAUAUACCAUAAAAUAUGUUUGUGCCGUACGUCUUGCCAUGCGUCUUUAGGAGUUGGCUCUGGCAGGAGGACGGAAAUAGAUUUUUGGUGAAGUCCUUGUGGUUGCCUUAACAGGACGUGCUGGCGUAGCGUGCAUUCAUGAUUCAGGACUGAGGGUUCGCACGCUUUUGCUUGGGCCUUAGCUGUUGGUAGCUGCUCUUAGUGGCAUAUGCGUAUGUGGCGCUUUUCAUGUCGAGUACAUUUGUCUAGCUAGGUUGGUUACUUUCCGUUAAGAAUUGAUUUCCAUAUUUAAGAGUGACGGUGGCUGUUGAGGCAAUGGGCAUGUGUAGCGAUGCGCGGAUACUAGCCUCAGCAGCGGCACCUGGUUUAGGGCCCUCCUGUCACUCAUGCCGGAUGUGCUGCCAUGUGGAUUCCACCUCAGGGUUUUCUGAUGUUCCCCCUACCUAAGAUCGUAUCAACCAGUACGGGAAUGACAGCGCUAUCUCGCAUGCUGUCGUAUUGGGUAGGACCGUUGGCGGUUAGGUUUUGUUUAGGCUUCAAUAGUAUUUUGGGCUUGCGAUACAGCCCCUUCCGUUGUUGUUUCCUAGUGUGUUUCCAGUUAGCUGUGAAGGCUAGAUAGGUCUGACCUGGAUUCCGCAGGACCUAAGCGCGUAGGUAGUGUCUUCAUGGCCAAAUGGGCACUAUCGCCAUAGGAUUGGGAGAUCUGGCUUAGUGCACCUUUUGCCAUUACUUGUGCAGUUGCAAUUCAUAAAAGACUCCGUGUUCGGAUAGUAGCCGAAGAGCUGGCAGGUUGUCCCCAUUCAGGGAAUGUUGCGCUUAGGAGGCUGCCAUGUGCCUAGCGGUUGAACUAGAUUGAACACAGACGGGUCAUCCUUAGCUUUUGCUGUCCUGGAUUGUUGCGUGGCAGCGGGUGCGUGGUUUCCAACCUGGUGCCCAUGAGAGGUACGCCCAAAUUGUAACGCUUGUCUUAG